AUGCAUACACCGGUGAUCGUACAGGAAGUGAAGUCUGCGCCUCCACCCUCCUAUUAUGACAACAGGGGGUACCAGGGAGAUCACAGCAAUAUCUAUGUGACCCAAGUGCCGUACAAUGUGAACCAACCACCAUACAAUGUGUAUGCAUCGUCUCCUUCACCCAACCAUCAUGCUUCGCCAGUGCCACAUUACUUGCCCAAUGUGUCUCCCCACCACUCUGUGCCAGCAAACCAGCACGUGAAAUCCUCAGGGUGCGGCUGUGCAGGUAGGAAAAGGUUUGUUUGUAUCUUCGCCACCGUCUGUAUUCUCGUGGCAUUAGCAAUCAUCGCUGCAGUGCUCUGCUGGUAUUUCGUAACUACCAGCUGUGAAAGGAAGUGCGGAACAUCUGACAGUUGUGUAAAAGCUUCUCAGUGGUGUGAUGGCACAGCGGAUUGCCCCAAUGGGGAGGAUGAAAGCUACUGUGCACGAUUAUACGGAGAUAAGUUUAUACUACAAGCUUAUUCCUCAAAAAAGUCAGCCUGGAUGAAUGUGUGCUUUGAUGAUUGGAUCAACAAUUACGGAAUUUGGACAUGCCAAGCUAUAGGCUACAAGAGUUCCAGUUAUUACAGAACUGAACUACAAACCGUCACAUCAAACUUGAAAGGUUUCGUCAGUAUAAACACCAGCGCCACCUUUGACAAGCUCUACACUAGUGUGAGAAGCAGGGAUUAUUGUCCAUCUGGAAAAGUGAUCUCCUUAAGGUGCAUAGACUGUGGAAUAUCUACAAAGAACCUAAACAGCAGAAUAGUAGGCGGUACGAUGGCUCAGAGUGGGGACUGGCCUUGGCAAGUGAGCCUACAAAUCAGCAGAUCACAUGUGUGUGGGGGGUCUAUCAUUACCCCGGAAUGGAUUCUCACUGCUGCACACUGCGUAGAAGGAAAAUAUGCUUACCCCAGCCAGUGGAGCGUCUAUGCUGGGUCAACUGCUAGGUCAGGCGGCAGUGUCUACUACGUGGAGAGAAUCAUUGCUCACCCCAAUUACAACACAGAAACCAAGCACAAUGACAUAGCACUGAUGAAGCUAAAAACCAGCAUAACGUUUACUUCCACUACCAUCAAGCCAGUUUGUUUACCUAAUGCUGAAAUGCCAUGGAGUAACACCCAGUCCUGCUGGAUCUCUGGCUGGGGUUACACUUACCAAGGAGGAACCACUUCGUCUUACCUGAUGGCAGCUAAUGUGCCCCUGAUUGACUCGAAAACCUGCAACAGGCCUUCUGUCUACAACGGAGUCAUCACCUCCUCCAUGAUAUGUGCGGGAUACCUCUCAGGAGGGAUCGAUACUUGCCAGGGAGACAGUGGUGGGCCAUUGGUCACUAAAACCAACUCCCUGUGGUGGCUUGUCGGUGACACAAGUUGGGGAACAGGAUGUGCCAAUCCUAAUAAACCAGGAGUCUACGGCAAUGUGACAGUGUUUUUGGACUGGGUCUAUCAACAGAUGCAGACCUAUAGAUGAUGAUGAUGAUAUUCAGCACAUUUUGGUUUUAUC